AUGUCUCAAUUUCUGACCUACCUGCCCCAAUUCGAGGGUAUCCUCCCAAAAUGGCUUGUCUUUGUCUCCGUUGUCUCCGCCCUUAACAGUCUGCAAGCCUACUGCUCGACCACAUACACCUCCCAGCUCUACAGCAAUGGCCAGGUCCCCGCUAGCCCACUCUCCGGCCGCGUCUUCGGUACCUGGACUUUCUUGUCCGCUGUCAUUCGCAUGACCGCCGCCUACAACAUUGACAACCCUGUCGCGUACAACCUGGCCAUGUGGACCUACGGAAUCGCGCUCACACACUUCGUUGGAGAGCUGAUUGUCGGCAAUGCCUCUCUGAAGGGUCGCUUCUUGAGCCCCUUGAUUGUCGCGUCUGCCUCACUUGCUUGGAUGAUCACCCAGCGCGAGGUUUACCUGGCUUAA